UUUAUGUUUUGAUAACUUUUGUUAUUGCAAUGUUUUUUUUAAUUAAGCAGAAAAGAUAUUAAUAUAACGCAAACAGAUAAAAUAGAUGAUCCGUUAUGAAGACAUACUUUUUUACACAGUCAAAAACAUACCUCAAGGCUGUAACAGUUAAAUUUAUACAAAGAAAAACACAUUUUUUCAUUAACACAUAGGUCAAAUCGACACGAAAUCUCAUUACGUCGCUUAGUUAUGGAUGAGUACUAUUAAAAGAACAUCGCAAUAUAUAAAUAAGUGAUAAUACUUUUAAAUAAAACGCAAAUUCGGGAAUAAAAUUAACUCGAUUGUAGUUGAAAUGUAUUUGGUGUUAAUUCUUUUUGCCGUUUUUUGCUUACAACUUUUGUACACAAAAAAAUGGAAGUACAAGUCAAUGGAGAAUAUUCCUGGGCCCCCACCCAAUAUUUUAAUAGGAAAUAUGGGGCUUAUGAAAGGAAAUAUUGAAGAUAUGUUUCAUAAUAUAAUUUCUUUAAACAAAACAUUUGGAAAGUUUGUAAAAAUAUGGGUUAGUCCGAUAACGCCAAAAAUAGUGAUAGCAGAUCCAGGAGUGGCACAAAAAGUAUUAAAUUCCUCACUGAGUAAAUCGUCACUUUACAACCAUAUGUUUCCCUUUUUGGGGAAUGGUUUAGUGACAUCACACGUUGAUUUAUGGAGAAAAGAUAGAAAAUUAACGAACGUUGCGUUUAACACGAAACUAAUGGAUCCUUACAAUAUUGCUUUUGAAUAUCAUGGUAACCAAUUGGUGUCAAUGUUAUAUGAGAAAACUGGGUUAAACGCUUUAAAUAUAGUACCAUUUGUAGAUUUAUAUGCUCUUGAUGUAAUAUGUGAAACAAUGAUUGGAGUAAGAACACACAUCUUAAAAACUGGUGACAUGGAAUAUUUAAAUGCCAGAUCACAAUUUUUAACAAUAGUCAUGAACAGAACAUAUUCUUUGUACAAAGGAUACAAUUUCUUGUUCAAAUUAACAAAUGAAUACCGUUUAAGUAGACGUUGCGAAGAAAUUUUGAGAGAUUUUUCAAAGUUUCUUAUAUCUGAAUACAUGAAGACCUCAAAAAAUCGCUCAAAUGACGACACGGAUACUAAAAACGUUUUUGAAAUUAUCACGGAAGCUGGUUUAACGGGUGAUAGAUUAAUCGAUCACGUGAACACUUUCGUUGUUGCUGGUCAAGAUACGCCUGCUUCAACAAUAGCUUACGCUUUAUACGAAAUCGCGCAUAAACCUGAAAUACAACGAAAAGUUGUUGAAGAAUCAGUAGAAAUUUUAGGUCGAGAUAAAAAUGUAACUAUAACAAGAAAUGAUAUGCACGGAAUGGUUUAUUUAGAAGCGUUAAUAAAAGAAGCUUUAAGACAUUACCCCGCUGUUCCAAUGAUUGAGAGAACUUUAGAUGAAGAUUUACAAGUUUCUGGAGGUGUUGUACCAGCUGGUACAGAUACAACGAUAAAUAUUUACGCUAUGCAUCACGACGAGGAAUUUUUUAAAGAACCUAAUAAAUUCGAUCCAGAUAGAUUUUUACCGGAAAAUAGCUCCAAAAUUAAUUUAAGCGGAUUUUUACCAUUUUCAAAGGGGUCGAGAGAUUGUAUAGGAAAAACGUUUGCUAUGUACCAAAUGAAAUCGGUUAUUACAAAAGUUGUACGAAAUUUUGAGUUGCUACCGGCUGAUCCACCAGUUAAACUUGUACUUACAUCUGAGUUUGUUAUGAAAUCAUCUAGUGGUAAUCAAAUACGAAUCACACCGAGGCAAUUAUAAUAUUGUAUUGUUAUAUUAUUUUUAUUUAUAUCAAAAAUAUGCUGACACAUGAAAAAUUCUAGACCUGUGACAUUAUCAAGUUUUAUUCAAAUAGCUUUAGAUAAAA